ACGUCUUGGGGAAAAGGAAGCGGACGGGACCGCGAAUCGCUGUCUGUUGCUUUUUAUUUUUCUGCUGACUGGAUUUGGUCACUGGUUCUUCGUCUUUUGUCUGUUGCACGCAUCCCGCCCUCCCCAUUUGCUUCCCCACUCCUCGGAUCCGGCCCUCUGGGCUUUCACGCCAGUUGUCUCACCCCGCCGUGAGCCCCUCCUGGUCCCCGGUCGGGCCUGGCACGGAGGCGGUAACUAUGGAGAAUAUGGCGGAGGAGGAGCUGCUGCCCCAGGAGAAGGAGGAGGAGGUGGAAGUGGCCCAGGUCCAGGUCCCGACCCCAGCCCCGGACUCGGCUCGGGUCCCAGCUCCGGCCCCGGAUUCGGCUCCGGCCUCGGCCCCGACUCCGGCCUCGGCUCCAGUCCCAGCCCCUGCCCUGGCCCAGGCUCCGACCCUGUCCCCGUCCCUAGCCUCUGCCCCUGAUGAGGCUGAAAGCAAGAGACACAUCUCGAUUCAAAGGCAGCUUGCUGAUCUAGAGAAGUUAGCUUUCGUAACUGAAGGGGAUUUUGACUCUGCCAGUUCACUGAACUCAGAUAAUCUUGAUGCAGGAAACAAACAGGCUUGUCCAUUGUGCCCCAAGGAAAAAUUCAGAGCUUGUAAUAGUCAUAAGCUUCAUCGUCACCUUCAGAAUUUACACUGGAAAGUCUCAGUUGAAUUUGAAGGUUACAGGAUGUGCAUCUGUCACUUACCUUGUCGACCAGUGAAACCAAACAUUAUUGGAGAACAGAUAUCCAGUAAAAUGGGAGCCCAUUAUCAUUGUAUUAUUUGUUCAGCAACAAUCACCAGAAGGACGGAUAUGCUAGGACAUGUUAGGCGCCAUGUGAAUAAAGGAGAGACUAAAUCCACGUAUAUUGCUGCUUCUGCUGCCAAACCACCUAAUGAAAUUUUGAAAGAGGCAGACACAGAUGUACAAGUUUGUCCCAACUAUUCUGUACCUCAGAAAACAGAUUCCUAUUUUAAUCCCAAAAUGAAACUAAAUCGGCAGCUAAUAUUCUGUACACUGGCUGCUUUGGCUAAGGAACGAAAACCUUUGGAAUGUCUAGAUGCCUUUGGAGCUACUGGGAUAAUGGGAUUACAAUGGGCAAAACACCUUGGAAAUGCAGUCAAGGUUACAAUUAAUGAUUUGAAUGAAAACUCUGUGACGUUGAUUCAGGAGAACUGCCAGUUAAACAAAUUGAAAGUGGUGGUGGACAGUAAGGAAAAGGAAGAGAGUAAUGAUAUUCCUGAAGAAGGAGAGGAAAACUUUGGUAAUAUUAAGGUGACCAAAAUGGAUGCCAACGUACUGAUGCAUUUGAGAUCUUUUGAUUUCAUACACCUAGACCCUUUUGGAACAUCUGUGAACUAUCUUGAUUCUGCAUUCAGAAAUAUAAGAAACCUUGGCAUAGUGUCAGUGACUUCUACAGAUAUCAGUUCUUUAUAUGCCAAGGCACAACAUGUUGCCCGGCGUCACUACGGCUGUAACAUUGUCCGAACUGAAUAUUACAAGGAGCUAGCAGCCAGAAUUGUUGUAGCUGCAGUGGCAAGAGCUGCAGCCCGAUGUAACAAAGGCAUAGAAGUACUGUUUGCAGUGGCUCUGGAACAUUUUGUAUUGGUUGUUGUGAGAGUUUUGAGGGGGCCUACUUCUGCAGAUGAAACAGCCAAGAAGAUUCAGUACCUAAUCCAUUGUCAGUGGUGUGAAGAGAGAAUUUUUCAGAAGGAUGGUAAUAUGGUAGAAGAAAACCCAUAUAGACAGCUACCCUGUAACUGUCAUGGAAGCAUGCCUGGAAAGACAGCAAUAGAACUUGGACCUCUAUGGUCAAGUUCCCUUUUCAAUACUGGAUUCCUCAAAAGAAUGCUAUUUGAAUCUCUUCACCAUGGUUUAGAUGACAUUCAGGCCCUAAUAAAGACAUUAAUCUUUGAGUCAGAGUGUACUCCUCAAAGUCAGUUUUCAGUUCAUGCACCUUCAAAUCUCAACAAGCAAGAAGAAUAUGGUGUAUUUAUUAAAACUACAGAUGAUACCACAACAGAUAAUUACAUUGCACAAGGAAAGAGAAGAAGUAACGAAACAACCACAAAUUUAGCCAAGAGGCAAAAGACUGAUGUCAAUACUGAACAUCCUCCCUUUUAUUACAACGUCCACAGACACAGCAUUAAAGGAAUGAAUAUGCCAAAGUUAAAAAAGUUUUUGUGCUGUCUUUCUCAAGCAGGCUUUCGAGUAAGCCGAACUCAUUUUGACCCGAUGGGUGUCCGUACAGAUGCACCUCUAAUGCAGUUUAAAUCUAUCCUUUUAAAGUACAGCACCCCCACCUACACUGGAGGACAGUCAGAGGGCCAUGUCCAACCAGCGUCCGAAGAUACAGUAGCCAACAGGGUUGAAAUGUCAGUGAAUGACAAAGCAGAAGCAAGUGGCUGCAGAAGAUGGUAAAUGUAAAAGAAGUUUGUUCCCAGAUGUCUGUGUUGAUGGCCUAAUAGUUCUCUAUAUCAACUGUAGUGCUUUUUCUAUUCUUUCAAUUCAGUUGUGUAAAAAUAAAAAAAACAGUGCUGUUUUCAUUCAGAAAAUUAGCAGUUUCUAACUUAGCUGGUUUGGGAGCUAUGCUUUCCAAGUUUUUCUUAUUUUAAAGAAAACUUAAAAUUUUAAUGAAAACAUUUCAUGUGAAGCCAAGUUUGUGACUGAGAUCACCCUGCUGUUUAAUACUCAGAAAAUUUUCACAUGCAAGGUGUUUGGAAUUUUAUGUAUGUCAUGGAAGCCAUCCUUUACUAUACUUAAUCACAUCUAUACUUAAACUGAUUCAUGAUAUUUAUGUUUUUCUGUUUGUAGUGUAUAAGAUGAAGCCAGAGCCUUUUAUUAAAAUGACCCGAAAUAGAAUAGGAGGAACAAUGUCCUUUCAGGUCACUAAUAUAUUUUUUCACAAAUACAAGCUAAAAUAUAUUCCCAAUUUCAAGAAAUCAUACCUCUCCCCACAUUGAUCUUUCAUUACUAGCUUUUGAGAAAUUAAAUAGUUGCCUGAGAUAGAAAUACAUUUUCUUAUAAGUUUAAGGUCUACAUGACUAAACUUCAGAGUAAGAUUUUGUUAAGGUAAAUUGAGACCACUGUUCUUAUAUAGUGAUUGUUCACAAGCACUAAAUUCUGGAGGAGAGAUUUUGUUAUGAAUUAAACAAACUGGGUGAUCUCACGUGCCUCAGUUAAUGCACAUACAAUAUUCAUUUGCUUGGUUGUCUACCUCUCAGGAGUAAAACUUGUCACCUUAUGACUUUAUGAAGUGAGGAUUUUCUUGUUUUUUGGUGUGUGUAUGUGCUAAUUUUUUGUACAAGUAGCUCAGGCUAACAUGACUAUGAAAAUUAGUUGGAAAAAAAAAUCUCAUUUCCAUUAAUAAAUAUUGUUCUUGCUUCAUUUGAAUAUAA